AUGGCUCUGACUGUGUGUGUGAGGCACCUAACGGGGCUGCCGGGCACCCAUGACCGACAAGUGAGGCUCUGCUUCCGAGGCUUUACCCAGAAAACAAGGAAAAUUCACUGUGGCCGAGAAGCAGAUGUGGGUGAGCUCUUUCGUUGGCCCCACUAUGGAUCUCCACUGGCUGGGGAGAGUCUGUCCGUACAGGUGGUCAACUGUAGCCGCGUGUUCAGCCCCAGGCCCCUGGGGACCCUGGUGAUUUCUCUGCAGCAGCUGCAAAGUGCUGGGCAUUUGGUGUUGAGGGAAGCUCUGGUGGAUGAGAGACUCCGGGUGUCCCCGAUCCAAGUGGAGCUUGACCUAAAGUAUCAGCCCCCUGAGGGAGUUGCUGGGACCUGGGCAGAGGAGGACUUUGGGACACCCAUUCGAGACAGCUUAGAGUUGAUCAUCCCCAAUGUGGGCUUCCAGGACAUGGAGCCUGGGGAAGCCCAGUUGGAGCAUCGGGCAGUGGCUCUGGGCCGCAGGCUAGCUCGAAGCCUAGGAACACAGGACGAUGAAGAGAACGAAUUGGAGCUGGAGCUGGAGCUGGAGGAAGAACCUGACGUGGAGAUUUCUGGGGUGGUGUUCAGCCCCCUCAAAAGCCGUGCCCUGGGCCUGCCUCGGGGAGACCCCUUCAAGGUUUGCAAAGCCCAAGACUUCCAGGUCGGGGUCACAGUGCUUGAGGCCCAGAAACUGGUGGGAGUCAAUAUUAACCCCUAUGUGGCUGUUCGCGUGGGGAAUCAGCGCCGGGUGACUGCAACACUGCGUGGUACCAAUUGCCCCUUCUACAACGAGUACUUCUUGUUCGAAUUUCAUGAGACUCGACUUCAUCUCCAAGACUUGCUUCUGGAGAUAACUGCUUUCCACUCGCAGACUCUCCCGUUUAUGGCCACCAGGAUAGGAACUUUCAGAAUGGACUUAGGGAUGGCCUUGGACCAGCCAGAUGGCCACUUCCACCAAAAGUGGGCCCCUUUGCAUGACCCCCGUGACACCCGCGCCGGAACCAAGGGCUUCGUCAAGAUCACACUGUCUGUGAGGGCACGUGGGGACCUUCCCCUUCCACCGCCACCCCCAUGCCCAGGGACCAGUUCGGACAUAGAGAAGAAUCUACUCCUGCCACAUGGGGUGCAGGCUGAGAGGCCAUGGGCACGGCUGCGAGUCCGGGUUUACCGUGCAGAGGGGCUCCCCACGGUGCGCACCGGGCUCCUGGGCAGCCUGGCCCGAGCCCUCCAUGACCAACACGUCCUACUGGACCCGUACGUGCGGGUGAGCUUCCUGGGACAGCAGGGUGAGACUUCGGUUCGAGGCGAGGAGACAGCGCCUGAGUGGAACGAGCAGUUGAGCUUCGUGGAACUCUUCCCGCCGCUAACACGCAGCCUUCGCCUGCAGCUGUGCGACAAUGCACCUCUUGUGGAUGUGGCCCUCGCCACACACGUGCUAGACCUGAGGCAGAUCUCGAACUCAGGUCGCACAGCCGGGUUUAACCCCACUUUCGGUCCAGCCUGGGUGCCCCUUUAUGGCUCGCUCCCCAGCGGCAGGUUCCGGGAUGGUCUUCAAAGUCUCAACGAAGGCGUUGGUGAAGGCAUCUGGUACCGAGGUCGACUUCUGGUAGCUGUGUCCAUGGAGGUAUUCGAAGGCAGAGUUGAACCUAAAUCCUCCCAGACCACACAAGGGUCUGGAUUGUCCCGGCUCACUGGGAAGAAGAAAAAGAAGAAGGAGAAGACCAGGCAGGGUCAGACCCCAGCUGGCAUUUUGCAGCCUGCCAGUGCCAGUGCCAGUGCCAGCACCAGCGAGGAUGUGCCUGAGAUUCCAAGUGCAAUGGAGGUGGAGGUGGAGGAGCUGCUGCCUCUGCCAGAGAUUGCCCUGGCAUCCUUUGAAGAUUUCCUGCUUUUCGGGGCGCUCUUUGAGGCCACCAUGAUUGACCCUUCACUGGCCAAGAAGCCCAUCAGCCUGGAGAUUUCCAUUGGUCAUGCAGGACGCCAGGAAGAGCCAUCGGGCCCAGGACCAAGGGCUGACGAGGGAUCUGAGAGCAGCACACUGGAAGUUCAGCCUCUCUUGGAAUCCGAGGACAGAGGGUCAGGGCAGGAGCAAGAGUUGCUGGGGACACCUGUUCAGUGGCCUGAACCUGUGGAUGGCAAUGGGCCGUAUCUCUGCUUGCCUCUGCGUCACCGAAAGCCCUGCCUACAUGUAUGGAGCCGCUGGGAGGAUUAUACUUGGCGCCUGCAGAGCAGCAACAGUGUGUGCAGAGUAGCUGAGAGGCUGGACCAUGGCCUGCAGGAGGUUGAGAAGAUGCAGCGCAGGUCGGGGCCGGACGCCUGCACACGACUCAAGCAGACUCUGGAAGAGCUGGUGGCUGGCAGCAGACAGUUUUGCCACGGUGCUGAGCGCAGGACGAUGACUCGACCCAAUGCCCUGGAUCGUUGCCGAGCGAAACUCCUGACACACAGCCUGAAUCUGAUGGCAAGGCAAGGACUGCGGCUUUUAAGGACUCUGAGGCCAAACAACAUGCAGAGGACUGUGGCGCUGGCCAAGAAGCUCCUGGCGAGGCUGCGCUUCCUGGCUCAGGAGCCACAGCCUCCCCUCCCUGAUGUGCUGGUCUGGAUGUUCAGUGGCCAACGCCGUAUGGCCUAUGCCCGCGUUCCUGCACAGGAUGUGCUGUACUCUGUGGUUGAGGAGGAGCGAGGCCGAGACUGUGGGAAGAUCCAGAGUCUGCUACUCACAGUACCUGGGGCAGCCCCUGGGGAGGUCUGUGCCAAGUUGGAGCUCUUCCUGUGGCUGGGGCUGGGCAAGCAAGCCAAGGCUUGCACCUCUGAGCUGCCCACGGAUCUUCUGCCUCAACCCUCGGCUGGGCUGCCCCACAGCCUACACCGGGAUGACUUCAGCUACUUCCAGCUGCGGGCUCACCUGUACCAGGCCCGAGGUGUGUUGGCAGCAGAUGACAGUGGCCUCUCGGACCCCUUUGCACAUGUCCUCAUCUCUACCCAGUGUCAGACCACCCGGGUCUUGGAGCAGACCCUGAGCCCCCUGUGGGAUGAGCUCUUGGUAUUUGACCAACUGAUUGUGGACGGCAGGCGGGAACAUCUGCGGGAGGAACCUCCGCUAGUGGUCAUCAAUGUCUUUGACCACAAUAAGUUUGGCCCUGCUGUGUUCCUGGGCAGGGCAUUUGCAGCCCCAAGGGUGAAGUUGAUUGAGGACCCAUAUCAGCGCCCUGAGCUGCAGUUCUUCCCCCUGAGGAAGGGGCCUCAGGCCGCUGGAGAAGUCAUUGCAACCUUUGAACUCAUUGAACUGGACUACAGUGGCCAUCUUGAGCCCUCUGUGCCCAGCGAUGUGGAGCCCCGGGAUCUGGCAUCACUGGUUGAACCCACCUCUGGACACCUGUCUCUGCCUCCCAGUGUGCGCCCUGUGCUCAGGGCAUUCCGUGUUGAGGUGCUGUUCUGGGGUCUGAGAGGACUGGGCCGUGUACACCUGUUUGAGGUAGAAAAGCCCCAGGUUGUUCUGGAAGUGGCUGGGAGACAUGUGGAGUCUGAAAUUCUGGCUAACUACCGUGAGAACCCCAACUUCACAGAGCUUGUCCAGCAUGUGACAGUGGACCUGCCAGAACAGCCAUAUCUGCAGCCCCCGCUAAGCAUCUUGGUGAUCGAGCGCCGGGCCUUUGGCCGGACAGUUCUUGUGGGUUCCCAUAUUGUUCCCCACAUGCUCAAAUUCAUACUCCGGGGUCAUGAGGAUCCCCAAGAGGAGGAAGAAACAGAGGAGGAGACAAGGGACCUGGUGCCACACGGGCCUCAAGGAGAGAAGCCUCUGACUGAAGCAGGAAGAUCCAGACAGCUUCUGAAGACCCCUCUAAGGAAGCUCACCUUAGGGCUCCUGGGUCAAGGCCCUGAACUAGAGGAAGACAUCCCAGAUCCAGAAGAGAUGGACUGGUGGUCCAAGUACUAUGCCUCCCUGCAGGAGUUCCAGGGGCAGUCCAGUUCUGAUGAUGAGAUGGACGAGGCUGGAGAUGCAGAUGGAACCCACCUCCUUUCUGGGGACAGGCAGGCCCAGGAGCAGGGGGAGACUGAUUUCAAAGUCUCUGUGCCUCGGAAGAAAGCCAUGGCUACCCUGAAGAUCUACAACAGCUCCCUGGAGGAUGAGUUUAGCCACUUUGAAGACUGGCUGAGUGUGUUCCCCCUGUACAGAGGACAAGGUGGCCAGGAUGGAGAAGGAGAGGGAACAUCUGGACACUUUGUGGGCAAGUUCAAGGGCUCCUUUCUAAUUUACCCCGAGUCAGAGGCCAAAUCCUUCUCUGAGCCUCAGAUCUCCAGGGGGAUCCCCCAGAACCGGCCCAUCAAGCUUCUGGUCCGAGUGUAUAUAGUGAAUGGUGGUCGGCUCGCUACCAACCUGGCUCCUGCAGACCCCAAUGGCAAGGCAGACCCCUACGUGGUGGUGAGCGCUGGCAAGGAGCAACGAGACACUAAAGAACGCUACAUCCCCAAGCAACUCAACCCCAUUUUUGGAGAGGUCCUGGAGCUGAGCGUCUCCCUCCCAGCCGAGCCAGAGCUGACUGUGGCCGUAUUCGACCACGACCUCGUGGGUUCCGACGACCUCAUUGGGGAGACCCACAUUGACCUGGAAAACAGGUUCUACAGCCGCCACAGAGCCAACUGUGGGCUGGCCGCCCAGUACGACGCGGAUGGGUACAAUGCCUGGCGAGAUGCAUUCCGGCCUUCACAGAUCCUGGCCGGGCUGUGCCAACGCUGUGGCCUUCCUGUCCCUGAAUACCGAGCCGGGGCUGUCAAAGUGGGCAGCAGAGUCUUUCUGACCCCAUCUGAGGCCCCGCCUCCAGAUGGCAGGAAUCCCAAGGUGACAAGUGAGGCUGCUGAAGAGGCCCAAGCACUGCAUGUGUUGAGGCGUUGGCAGGAGAUGCCAGGCCUUGGGAUCCAGCUGGUACCUGAGCAUGUGGAAACACGGCCUCUGUACCAUCCCCGCAGCCCCGGGCUACUGCAGGGAUCCCUUCAUAUGUGGAUUGACAUCUUUCCCAGUGAUGUGCCGGCCCCACCCCCAGUUGACAUCAAGCCUCGGCAGCCAAUCAGCUAUGAGCUCAGAGUUGUCAUCUGGAACACAGACGAUGUGGUUCUGGAUGAUGUGAAUCCACUCACUGGAGAGAUGUCAAGUGACAUCUAUGUGAAAAGCUGGGUAAAGGGCCUGGAACACGACAGACAGGAGACGGACGUCCAUUUCAACUCCCUGACCGGAGAGGGCAACUUCAACUGGCGCUUUGUGUUCCAAUUUGACUACCUGCCGACGGAGCGGGAGGUGAGCGUCCGGCGCAAGCCUGGACCCUUCGCCCUGGAGGAGGCUGAGUUCCGGCAGCCAGCAGUGCUGGUCCUGCAGGUCUGGGACUACGACCGAAUCUCUGCCAACGACUUUCUUGGGUCCCUGGAGUUGCAGCUACCAGACAUGGUGAGGGGCGCCCGGGACCCUGAGCACUGUUCUGUUCGACUAGCCCUUGAUGGGGCAGGGCCGAGGUGUAAUCUGUUUCGCUGCCGUCGGUUGCGGGGUUGGUGGCCAGUGGUGAAGAUGAAGGACAUGGAAGACGUGGAGCGGGAGGCCAGAGAGGCUCAGGCUGGCAAGAAAAGGAAGAGGAAGAGAAGGAAGGGCCGGCCAGAGGACCUGGAAUUCACAGACACGGGGGGCAACGUCUAUAUCCUCACAGGGAAGGUUGAGGCGGAGUUUGAACUGCUGACGGUGGAGGAGGCAGAGAAGAGGCCAGUUGGGAAGGGGCGAAAGGAGCCAGAGCCUCUGGAGAAGCCCAACCGCCCCAAAACCUCCUUCAACUGGUUUGUGAACCCCCUCAAGACUUUCAUCUUCUUCAUCUGGCGCCGGUAUUGGCGCAUCCUGGUGCUGCUGCUGCUGCUGGCGCUAAUCACCAUCUUCCUUCUCCUCGUCUUCUACACCAUCCCUGGACAGAUCAGUGAGGUCAUCUUCAGCCCCAUCCACAAACACUAA